AAAUUCGAACAUACGGCUAUCGUGGAUGUUACGGUCAACAGCAAAGUACGAGGAGGACGGCGUACGAUAUACAAUUCUAUCAAUACGGUCGUGAACCAUGGGAGGCACUGUACAGAGUGUUACAGUGACUGCUCAUGCGAUCAUCGAUGGGUCCCCAUUCAACAUUCCGCCGUCUCUUGCUGAUUCGCUAUGCUUUAGCAUGCAAGGAUGUGCUGAUCGCGAUGCAGACCUUUUCAUCAUAAUCAAGCCCGCAAAGGCAUUUAUGCCAUCCAUCGCGGCGACGAGCGCACGCUCUUCUCGUGCACCUCCGGGACAACAUGCCUAAGUUUCCUCAGCCGUCUUUCCCCAAGACUUAUCCCAAGACUUAUGUGCGUCGUGAGUGUGAGGGUUCGAAAGGUAGGCUCGCUCGACAGGCAUCGCGAUGUGAGCUCGGCGAGACAAAGGUCGAACCACUGGAAAUCAUAACUCGGGCUCUGGAUCUCCAUGGACGUCAAGUUCGGGAGGAUACAGCUCGGCGGUCGCAUCCCAGGCUGUUCUUCCGUACGUAUCGCGUUGAAGAUAGACGAG